UGUGUUUCAGAAAUGGGUGCGUACAAAUCCGACGACGACUACGAUUAUCUCUUUAAACUAGUCUUGAUCGGAGAUUCCGGCGUCGGAAAAUCUAACCUUUUAUCUCGAUUCACCAGAAAUGAGUUUAGUAUUGAGUCAAAGUCUACCAUCGGUGUUGAGUUCGCGACAAGAAGCGUCCAUGUCGACGAGAAAACCAUCAAAGCUCAGCUUUGGGACACCGCCGGUCAAGAAAGAUACAGAGCAAUAACGAGUGCAUACUACAGAGGAGCAGUAGGGGCUCUUCUAGUAUACGACAUAACUCGACACGUAACGUUCGAGAACGUUGAACGAUGGCUCAAGGAGCUUCGUGACCAUACCGAUGCCAACGUGGUGAUCAUGCUUGUUGGAAACAAAGCUGAUCUUCGUCACCUUCGUGCUGUUCCCACCGAAGAAGCUAGAUCGUUCUCUGAAAGAGAGAAUAUGUUCUUUAUGGAAACAUCUGCUCUUGAUGCUACAAAUGUUGAGCAAGCUUUCACUCAUGUUUUGACUCAGAUCUAUCGUGUUAUGAGCCGUAAAGCUCUUGAUGGCACUGGAGAUCCGACAUCUUUGCCUAAAGGACAGACCAUUGAUAUUGGAAACAAGGAUGAUGUUACUGCUGUUAAAUCCUCUGGUUGUUGCUCAGGCUGAGAUCAUUGUUUUUGUAAUACUGUUUUUGGAGGGAGGUUGGUUCCUGGAUUUGUUGUAUCUGAAUUUAUAUUUUUGAGGGGAAUAUGGUUUAAGGUUGGGUUUACAACUCAAACCAAAUUUGUAUUGAAUUGAGCAAGACUUUGUCCGGUUAAGAAGGUUGUUCUAGUCGUGAACAAAAUCUGAA